AUGUGUCAAUUUAGUCGACAAUUAGUUUUGCAAUUAAUAUUAGGUUUGGCAUUUGGCCAUAUUUAUGGGCAACAAAUGUUCGAGCGUAUUGUCGCCGGUAGUCCGGGGACGCAACAGAGAUAUCCUUAUUAUGUGCGUCUGCACUAUCGAGGACUGUUCAGUUGCGGCGGUUCGUUGGUGCGGAAUAAUGCUGUACUCACGGCAGCACACUGUGUCAAGGACCACAGUGUGAAGAAGCUGCGCGUACACGCGAACACCAUUAAUUUGAGCGACAUUGGAGUGGUUAGAACAAUCAAGUACAUGCUGGUUCCAAAAAAAUACGAUGCGGAGACAGCAAAUUAUGAUGUAGCGGUGUUGAUACUCUCCUCUGCCAUACCGAGUGCAACAGUGAUACCAUUGCAUAAGGACGCGAUCCCUGCCGGUACGAGUUGCCUGGUUAUUGGUCAUGGCAGAACCAAAGAAAACGGCGUCUUCUCACGACAAUUGCAAGAGAUCCAUGUACCUGUCCUUAGUCGGAAAGUUUGUCAGCGCAAAUAUCUCAGUAAAUUCGUUAUUACACAGUCGAUGAUGUGCGCUGCGGAACGGGGUAACAAACACGCACCCUGUAAAGGUGAUUCUGGCGGUCCGUUGAUAUGCAAUGGUAAACAGGCUGGCAUUGUUUCGUGGAGCGUGGGUUGUGCGCGUGUCAAAUAUCCGACCGUUUACACAGAUAUAAGCAAGGUGUAUCGUUUCAUUGAAAAUACGCUUAGAAUGUAUGCGUAAGCAUAAAGUGAAGCAGAAUUGUAUAUUUUUGCAAUAAGUACUGUUAUCUUUGCUUGACUUAAUGCUAUUAAAGAUUAAAGAUAUUGCAAUUAUUUAAA